UCACGUCUCCGCACCCACCCCCCAAAGCUUAGAAGCCGCGCAACGAGACGUUAGCAGCACACCACACCACUCCAAAACCCGACGCCACCAAACAACCGACGAAGGAUCGCUACGCGCAGACAGCCGACAGUCUGUGGUUUCCCAACGUCUAAAGCCGCCCGCCCCCUCCACUCUCCCAUCUCCCCUUCCGCAUCCUCCUCAUCGCGCGCGCGCAGUCUGCUGCAGUCCUGCCAUUGUCCUCCCUUGCAUGGGCUAAGGACGCUGCACAUUCCGCCUGCGCAAUCCUUCCGACCGGUCGACUUUGAUCUUCCUGUCCCUGCUGGGUGCGCGACCGUGCUGACGCCGAUAUCUCUAUCGCCAUCGCUCGCCACUUGGGUCUUUGCCGCUCGCGCGUCAGGACCAGCGACCGACUAGCUACCUUUGCAUUGUUUCUGUUUGCAAGAGGCUAACCAAUGCGAAAAGAUCGGGCCGCAAACGAAAUCAACCUUUUAAAAGAAAACUUAGGACCAUAUUAUCAUCAACCGCCCCAGGCGGUGCGAAACGACAUGUCACAACGAAAUCGAAGCGGCCGUGGCGCGGGCCGAAAUACAGGCCAGACGCAUGGAGAAGAGGUGCAGAUUUGGGACGCUUGCAAGAGCCAGCUAUCAGAGAUCGUGUCGGGCAUCAAUGCCGAAAACGAUGCGCUUUCGCAGCUAGUUGAGAUGGACAAGCAGGCCGGCACAAUGGAUGCAGACGAGGUUCCCAAGGAAUCGCUCAAACAGAUGGAUGAUUUGUGCCGAACCGGACUUAAGCACUCGGAUGCCAACAUUGCCAGUCUGAAAGCAGUCAUGGAACAGUUGAAGAUUCUUCGCGCUGUCAUUGUUGCCAAGGAGCAAAACGAAGCUGGGGCAGCAGGCCCUGGCAAGCGGGCUGCGAGAGACGCUGCUGCGUCGUCUCUGUAUGACUUUGACACAGCGGGCGACUCACCUGUACCUAGUCCUAUUGGAAACAGCACGCGAAAGCAUAGCGAGCGCAACAAGGACCGUGAGCGAGACAGAGACAGUAUGCCGCCCAAGGCUGAGAGCGUCGAGCCACCAGGUGGCAGCGCCAAGUCCAAGGUGAUCUUUGCCAAGGGCGACGUUGUAGCUUUUAAGCCUAAGGGCGCCAACGGAGAGGCUUCGUCGGAUUGGAUUAUGGGCGAGGUUGCUCAGGUGCUAGGAGACGCUAAGGGCAGACGAUACAAGGUGCUUGACAUUGAGCCGGAUGACCAGAGCAAGCAGAAGGAGUACAGACUGCUGGCUGCCAACAUGAUUUCUAUUGCGCCAGAAGAUAAGGCAAGCACACUGCCAGAUUGGGAGUCGGGCCAAAUGGUGCUCGCCCUGUACCCGCAGACCACGACGUUCUACAAGGCUGAAGUGCACAGCAUGGACAAGGAGGGCAAGGUCAAUCUCAAGUUUGAAGGGGAAAACGACUCUACAACGCUGCAGCAGGUGGAACGCCGGUUUGUGAUUGAAUAUCGGCCGUGAUGUGCUGCUGCUGCUAGUGUUGACUUGUGUGAUGUCAGUGAAGGGGCAAGAUAAUGACGGGUUUACGGCGUCGGCGUUUUUUAUUGCUGGGUUUUGGUAUAUUUGGUUCUUCCCAGACAAGGAGGGAGGCUUGACCUGUAAGACUAUCCUUACGAAGCAUUCUGUACCAAAAAGAAAAUUGAAGAAAAAAAUAAUCAUUGAUUAAGGCCCGGGAUGUGUGUGUUUGUGUUGAUAGUGAGUGCACGGUUAUUGGCAUGGAUAUGCUGUAGCAGACUGAAUAUACAGAGACUCCGUUGUUAUAGGAGAGACGUAUGUGAAAUCGAAUCAAGCUAUGCGAUUAGCAUGUAGUUAGGCGUGUCAUUGCCCGCGCCACCAAGCCAAGUAACAAAGCAAACUAUGUAGCUUGACCAGAAUGGAUUGUUUGCCUGCUAAAUAGAUUG